AGGAAGAGAAGACGACGAAGAAGAAGAAGAAGAAGGCGACCAUGUUGAUUUAAAGGAAAAAAACAAUAGCUGCGAUUUAUUUCAAGUACAUUACAGUUAUUAAAAGUGUUGCUGAUCACGGUAUUGGGGAGCAACAGGAAAUACAAUAUCAUAUUUUAAAAUCACAGCGACCUGAGGUGACGCAUUUGAGUUGUUGGCUCGCUUUGAUUGGGGAAACCCCUUGAACACGGUCACACUCCCACUAGUGACACAUUGACCUCCAGACGUGUGGCGUCCAGGGAGGAUCCAGCCUGGGCAGUACUCAAGCACGCACUGGGGAGUAGCAGGGGAGUAAAUCUUUUUUUUCCGCUUUGAACUUGAUUCCCUCUUGUAUAUGAUACCCAUUACCCAUCCAGUGGAAAUAAUCUGGGACUAUAUGAUUUUGGGAAAAGACUUGUAGAGAGUUGGACAUCCUUUUUUUCAAGGAGGACAUUGAGUACACGCUGUGGACUGACAAGAAAGCAGGAAAAACUUCAGUGUAAAAACAAAUAUAACAAACUAAGAGUAUACUGAAGGAACUACGCUCCAAGUACAGAGAUUGCCUUAGUUCUAUUUCAGGACUUGAUUCCCAUUUGAUACUUGUUCACGUAUAAUUUUUCUAUAUUGUGAGCAAGUAUAUUAAUGCAACUAUCUCUUCAUUUUGAAGGGUUUCUUGUGUACAAAAAGUUGUUUUGCAUUUCUUGUACGUCAGUCACUCUUGUUAAAAGAGCGCCAAACUGCACAUAAGUGUUUAUAUGUAAAUAUCUUUGGUUGAUUGCUCAUGUUAAAGCUGUGGACUUAGAAAAUAUUGUUGGUUAAUGAUUUAUUAAUCAUUUUUUAUAUUUUGAAGACAUUUUAGUAACAGAUUCCCCAGGAGGCCAAAUAAUACAUUGAAGGGUGAGUUGGGGGGGGAAACGCAAAGUUUUUUUUUUUUUAAAUGGCUACGACCAGAACAGAAAAUGCUGGCCCACUUGCAGUGGGCUUGAACAAGCAGAAUGGGCAGCUAAGGGGACAGAUCAAACCAGCUUCAGCCCAGUCAGGGACCACAACUCAAGGAAAAGUGUUGGGUGCCUCCCAGAAAGCAGGUGCUGCCUCGCAAGAAGGAGGGGGCAUUAAGUUUGGAGAUGACUGGAAAAAGAGCCUAAAGCUCCCUCCAAAGGACAACCGGGUCAAAACCUCAGAUGUGACAGCCACUAAGGGGAAUGAAUUUGAGGAUUACUGUCUCAAAAGAGAACUUCUGAUGGGGAUUUUUGAGAUGGGCUGGGAGAAACCAUCUCCUGUACAGGAGGAGAGUAUUCCCAUCGCCCUGUCCGGAAGGGAUAUUUUGGCUCGGGCUAAGAAUGGAACAGGAAAAAGUGGUGCCUAUCUAAUACCGUUGCUGGAAAGGAUUGACCUUAAAAAGGAUUAUAUACAAGCAAUGGUAGUGGUACCAACCCGAGAAUUGGCACUGCAGGUGAGCCAGAUAUGCAUUCAGAUCAGCAAACACCUGGGAGGAGUCAAAGUCAUGGCCACCACCGGGGGGACCAACCUACGAGAUGACAUCAUGCGCCUGGAUGAGACUGUGCAUGUAGUCAUUGCCACACCCGGGAGGAUUCUGGAUUUGAUCAAAAAAGGAGUGGCAAAGGUGGAUCGAGUCCAGAUGAUGGUGAUGGAUGAGGCUGACAAACUGCUGUCUCAGGAUUUUGUGGUGCUCAUCGAGGAUAUCAUUACUUUCCUGGCCAAGAACAGGCAGAUCCUGCUCUACUCUGCAACCUUCCCCAUCAGUGUUCAAAAAUUCAUGGCCAAGCACCUGCAAAAACCUUACGAGAUCAACCUGAUGGAGGAGCUGACUCUGAAGGGCAUUACUCAGUACUACGCCUACGUCACAGAGAGACAGAAAGUGCACUGCCUCAACACACUCUUCUCCAGGCUUCAGAUCAACCAGUCCAUCAUCUUCUGCAACUCCACGCAGAGGGUGGAGCUCUUAGCUAAGAAGAUCACCCAGCUGGGUUACUCGUGCUUCUACAUCCAUGCUAAGAUGAUGCAGGAAUAUAGAAACCGAGUCUUCCAUGACUUCAGAAAUGGACUGUGCAGGAACCUGGUUUGCACCGAUCUCUUCACUAGGGGGAUCGACAUUCAGGCCGUCAAUGUCGUCAUCAACUUUGACUUCCCGAGGAAUGCAGAAACUUACCUCCAUCGUAUCGGAAGAUCAGGGAGGUUCGGUCAUUUCGGCUUAGCCAUCAACCUGAUUACAUCAGAAGACCGCUUCAACCUUAAGACCAUUGAGGACCAACUGGUGACCGAUAUCAAGCCCAUUCCCGGCAGUAUCGACAAGAGUCUCUACGUGGCCGAGUUCCACUCCUCCAGCGGCGACUGCGAGGUGGAGGAAGUCCAAGAGAGAUCGGGACAGAAGCAGGGCGGCACCUAAAGCUGGACACGCCGGGCUUAUCCACGCAGGCUUCAGGCACCUCUUCAACAUGUCACUUGUUUUCACAGCCUGCUAAAUGGCUAUGAAGAUGAAUUUCUGUUUCUUACCCUCACAAACCUGUGGCACAGAAAAUGAAAUCUUGAUUUGCAUCAAACCCAUACUGGUCCUUGUGUCCCGCAUUUGGGAUGCAUUUAAUUACUUCAGUUUUACUUUCAAAGAAAAAAAAAAAAAAAAAAAAAGGGCAAUGUCAUGCAAAAUGUGAUAAAUUCUGUUUUGAAUCGGUCCUCCUUGAAGAUUGACAGCUGAAAGGUUGGUCUCUUUAGCAUCAAAACACCAGCUACGGUUGUGUACGCUGUCGCCACUUAAGUGCCUUAUUUCCUGCCACGCACGUUUAUCCUUUCAUAGCCUGUUGCGCUGACAUGAAUAAAAUUCGAACCCAUUGACUUUUAACACCCAUUAUGCAAACAAAGGAAGAAAGUACUUUUAUGCGGGGCGUGUCAAAACUCCCUAACAAAUCUUUAGCGCCAAACCUUUUUGUUUAACUUAAACGUUGCAAUAAAAACGGCAGCUUUAACCAAUAGUGCAUGACUGUUUUUCCCCAAAAAUGAAUAAUACAUGCAGUGACUCAUGGAUGCCGAUUUGCAUCUGUUUGUUUCAUAGCAGCCUUACGCUGUUAAUUUGUAUUCAGAAAAAAAAAGUGUUGGAAACUCAUUCAGAUGUAUCAAAUAUAAGAGACUGGUUCAAAACAGAAUGUUUCAAGGAAGAUAAUUAUGUAGUUAUAACAUACAGGAUAACUGGCUAUUGGUGCAAAUCAUCACAUUAAAUUUCCAAUCGAUUUGUACUUUCCGUUUGCAGUAUGGACAUUGAGGGUGGAAUUAAUUCAUAUUUCUGCAGCUCUGAAGACCUUCCCAUCUUGACAAAUUGAAAUUGGUGAAUGUAUAUGCCAACUCUGCUGCCUAGUAAGAUGAACGCCAAGCGCUUGUGCAUAUUUGGACACCAUUUUGUGUCAUUGCUUUUUUUUUUUUCCCCUUCUCCCCCUGCGCCACCCGUUUCUGGCUCUGGUUUCAAUUUGAUUUUGUGAGGUCACAUCAAUACAUAUUUCUCGUUUCUUUUGUGAUUGAUCCUAUUUUGAUGAGAGAAAGGGUUGUCUGUCUUUAGUGUGGGGCGGGUGGGAUUCUGGAUUUGAAAGCAAAAUUGUAGCAUCUUGUAAGAGGCAGCUGUGACUUUUUGGUCCUCCCCAACAAAGAUUUUUUUUUUUUUUAAGACUAAAAAAUAAUUUUCUUGGAUUUUUUUUUUUUUUUUGGGGGGGGGGUGAUCCUUUCAGCGGUGAGUUUGGGUGGGUUUCCACUAAACAAUAGCUCAGAUUCUUGUAUUAUUUUCAAAUUAUGAAGACAAAACUAAAUUACCGGUUAGAGAUUUCUGGAGAGCUUUUAAGGUGUACACGCCUAUCGAACCUAUUGAGAUGCUUUCUGAUCAAUUCUAAAAUUGUACAUUUGUGUUUGUAAUCUCUUCUCCCCCCCCCCCCCCAAAAAAAAAAAACACACACACACACAAAAGUACAGCACUUGGGUUUAUGUUCACAGGCAAACGAAGUUUUGUUUCUCAAGUUUUUCUUUAAAAAAAAAAAAAAAAAUCAGGAUUUACACUGAACCAAAACCAAAAAAUUUAGUGAAUGAGUUGUCUCAUGUGGAAUCAUUUGCAUGCAGCUUCAACUCAGCUCCACUGAACUCAGUCUAGUUGACCGUUUGACGCUGCAUAUAAAGUGUCUUUUUGUCCUGACUUUUGCUUUCAUGUGCAGACAUUGUUGAUGAUUGACAACGUCUUAAUCUGAAUGAGUGGCGUUUACAUUUGCCAGGUGUGUAACCUUCCACCCCUGACUUUCCAACACUUAACCGCGAAUGUCAUCUUUCCCUAACAUGUGUUUUCAUUCCACAAUCUCCAUUGUGACCAAAAAUAAGCACGACUUUAUGUAUUCAUUCAAACCUUUUCUUUGGACCUACUCCCAGAAGGCUAUAUGAUUACUCAAAAAAAAAAAAAAAAAAUGGUUGGCUGGGUGGCUUCUUAGGUGGAAAAUUGGCUAUGAUUUUGUUCAAUUUUUCUUCAAUGUUUCCCCAGUGUUUGAUAUGGAUGUGCAGCUUGUGUUUGGUCACAAUGGACAUCAAAUUGAAUGUUGUCGACUGUUAGAUUUUCUUUAGUCAUCUGAUAAAACAUUUAUUUUGUGUGUGUGUGCAUGCGCCUUGACUAGUGUCAGGUCUGCCUACUUGUUUAGAGCCUGUUGAGUAAAUAAAAAAAAAAAGAAAAACGGGCGUGACAUUGCAAUUUGGGAUUACAGCUUCGAGUUCAAUUGCAUAAUUGGUGGUAAAUUUUGAAGCUUAAAAUUUAGUGAGUAAAAAGAAAAAACUUUCUUUCCUCUGUUGAGGCAGUAAUAUAAAGUCAGCAAAGGCUUCAGGCAGUUUCAUCUGAACUCAGUUCAAUCCGUGAUGUACUACUAGAAUUAAUUGGCUAUAUUACAACACAACAUAGAGGAGUGGUAACAGGAUUCUGAAUUUCCCGGCAAAUGUGUUUCAUCUUCUAAAAUUACAUCAGUUGUCAUAUUUGUUAAAUCCAGAUUGAGUCUGUCUUUGGGUACAUAGAUAAAGUUCUUUUUUUUUCCCUUACCAACUUCGAGUUACGCAAUUCCAAGAACAUGAUUUUAAAAGGCUUCAAUAUUAAUUUGUUUUCGGGACUUUUCUGUUUUCUUGUCAUAAUUGCAUUCGAAACGACAAUAUUUUGGUUUCUCUGAAAUUCACCCAGCAUAUUGUUUUGUCCCAUUAUUUCCUGACGUUAGAAGAUGUUAUGAUGGAUACUGGGUAAUUCAGCAGACUGUUUCUCGUGCUGCCCUCUACGGUUGUAAUUUGGAGAUACACGCAGGAGUUAUGAAAUUCAAUAAACUCAAUUGAUAUGAA